UUAUCUUGUCCGUUCCCGUUUGACAUAGAUAGCUCAAUAUUCAUGUCCACUAUUACCACUGCUUCAUUUCCCAAAAACAACCCGUCGUUUGUUCUUCAAAAGAUAGACGAAAUUACUUUUGAAGAGAGACCUAUUCCGGUUGCUGGCCCUGGGCAAGUCGUUGUAAAUAUAAGAGCUACUGGAAUAUGUGGUUCUGAUGUACACUAUUGGAGACAUGGAAGGAUUGGACAUUUUAUUUGUGACGGGCCUAUGGUCUUGGGUCAUGAAUCUGCUGGUAUUGUUGCCUCUGUUGGAGAAGGCGUAACUACCUUAAAAAUAGGAGAUCGUGUUGCCCUUGAGCCUGGCGUUCCCUGUCGUAUGUGUGAAAUGUGUAAGCAUGGUAAAUACAACUUAUGUCCAGAUAUGGCCUUCGCAGCUACUCCCCCAUACGAUGGUACACUUUGCAACUAUUAUAAACAUGCAGCGGAUUAUUGUUACAAACUUCCAGAUAAUGUCUCGCUCGAGGAAGGUGCUUUAAUCGAACCUUUAUCCGUAGGUAUCCAUGCCUCAAGAAGAGGUGAAAUCAAAUUAGGUGACCGAGUGUUUGUAUUUGGUGCUGGUCCUGUUGGUCUCUUAACUGCCGCUGCCGCUAAGGCUGCUGGUGCUGCACAUGUUACUAUUGCUGAUAUCUCUGAAUCCAGAGUGAAGUUUGCAAAGUCUUAUAUUGCAGAUGAAGUAGUUCACUUAACAAAUAAACCCCCAAAAGAUCAGGAUACCAACGUUUUUGCCAAGGAAGAGGCUGACAGAAUCAUUCGAGCCACUGGAAUUCAGCCUGCCGAUGUCGUAUUUGAUUGUACCGGUGUUGAAGUUUGUGUGCAGAUGUCUGUUUUUCUUGCCAAGAAUAAUGGUAAGGUUGUUUUGGUUGGUAUGGGACCCUCUGUGCAGUCAAUCUCUGUAGCAGAUGUUUCCGCCAGAGAAGUAGAUGUUCGUGGUGUUAUGAGAUACUGCAAUACUUAUCCCACUGCGGUCGAAAUGUUGGCAAAUGGCAAAGUUGACCUUAAAAGCCUUGUUACUCACAGAUACAAGUUUGAAGAUUCCCUUAAAGCGUUCGAGCAUGUAAGGGCCGGUCUUGAAGGAACUAUCAAGGUCGUCAUUCUUAACGAUCAAGAAUAAUGUUUAAAAAAAGAGAAGGAAUACAAAGUUGCAUUCAGUAUAUACCUUUAACUUGUCUAUAAUUCAAAAACAUUUUUAAAUAAUAAAGUAAGAUGGAGUAUGAGAAUUAUAUCGCUA